AUGGGUAACUCUAGGUUGGUUAGUAACAUAUUGCUUUUUGAGGAGUUAUCUUAUGAUUGUGAUGUCUUAAAACAAGAAGCGAAAAAUUUGGUUUCUAAACUAACUGAUGAGCAAAGAGUUAUAUACAAUACAGUGCUUGAAGACAUUUCAUGUAAUCUAGGUGGUUUAUUUUUUGUUUAUGGGUAUGGUGGAACUGGAAAAACUUUCUUAUGGAGAGCAUUGCCAUCGACAUUGCGUGCUAAAAGGCAAAUUGUUUUAAAUGUUGCGUCAAGUGGCAUAGCUUCUUUGUUGCUACUAGGUGGACGAACUGCUCACUCAAGAUUUGCAAUACCAAUUGCAAUCAAUGAAGAUUCAACAUGUAAUAUUAAACAAGGUAGCCAUUUAGCAGAAUUGUUGAUAAAGACGAGCUUAAUUAUUUGGGAUGAAGCACCCAUGAUGCACAAACACUGCUUUGAAGCGUUAGAUCGAACUAUGAGAGAUUUGUUGCGAUUUGUUGACCCAAAUAGUUUGUCAAAGACAUUUGGUGGAAAAACAGUCGUGCUAGGUGGGGAUUUCAGGCAAAUACUUCCAGUUGUGCCUAAGGGUACAAGACAAGAUAUUGUGUCUGCAGCGGUUAACUCAUCUUAUCUGUGGAAUAGUUGCAAAGUUUUAAAGCUUACAAAAAACCUACGUCUAAACUCUGUUACUCAUGGGGUUGAUAAACAAAAGCUAGAAGACUUUGCUAAUUGGAUUGCUGAUGUCGGAGAUGGAAAGACUGGUGGAACAAAUGAUGGAUAUGCAGAAGUAGAAAUCCCAAAGAACAUGCUUUUACCGUCUAAUGGGGAUCAUAUUUCAACAAUUGUGAAAAGUACAUUUCCGAUGUUUGUUAAUGGGAAUUCUAAUCAUACUUUUUUGGAAGGCCGUGCAAUACUAACACCAACACUAGAUGUGGUCAAUCAGGUAAAUGAAUAUAUGAGUGCAUUGCAUACUUCUGAGAGCAGAACAUACUUUAGUUGUGACAAUGUUUGCAAAGCCGAUGCAGAUAAUGGUAUACUUGGUGAUGUACAUACUCCGGAAUUCUUGAACGGUAUUAGAGUGUCAGGUUUACCAAACCAUACAUUGACUUUGAAAAUUGGGUCGCCAGUUAUGUUGAUGAGGAAUAUUGACCAUAGUAUUGGUUUGUGUAAUGGUACUAGACUGAUAAUCACCAAGUUAGCUGACCGUAUUAUUGAGGCCGAGAUAAUGACUGGUGCUAACAAAGGAACAAAAGUUUUGAUUCUAAGAAUGUCAAUGUCACCAUCCGACCCAAGGUUGCCCUUCAAGUUUCAACGAAAACAAUUUCCAUUGAUGUUAUCAUAUGCAAUGACCAUUAACAAAAGUCAGGGCCAAACUUUGUCACAUGUAGGAUUGUUACUAAAGAAAUCGGUUUUUGUACAUGGCCAGUUUUACGUUGCUGCAUCUCGAAUUAACAAUCCCGAUGGUUUAAAAAUUUUAAUUGUGAAUGACUCAAGGACAAGUUCUACAACAACUAUUAAUGUUGUAUAUCAUGAAGUCUUUAAUAAUUUGUAA